AUGCCUUUGCUGCAUCCCAUGUUGCUUUCAACGAGCCCGGACACGGACACACCCCCCCUGCCCAGACUUGCGGCCAGAACGUCAAAGGCCGAAUGUGUGUGUGUGUGUGUGUGUGUGUGUGUGUGUGUUUCUUUCUCUGAUUCGUCUGCAACCAGCGUCCUUCUCAAGCUGCCAUACUAUCAGCAAACAUCAAACAUGGCGCCCUCGAUCGAGGACAUACCCUUGCCGUUUCACAUUCACUUUCUCGGUGGCGGGCUGGGCGCCCUCGUGGGGACCACGAUUACCAACCCGCUAGAUGUGGUCAAGACACGGAUGCAGUCCCGCCAGCAUCGGCUGCUCCUGCAACAAGAGCUGGCAGCCAUGCGUGGGCAGGGGGCAGCGACCGGCUGGCAGCAAUACAGCGCCACAUACAAUGCGCUUCGCAUGACGCUGCAUCGGGAGGGCAUCGUACCAUCACGCGCCUGCUACUUUAGCGUGUACAACGCCACCAAGCCCGUGAUUGCUGGCCCCAACGGAAACCCUGAUUCGCAUGGGGUGCGCAUGCUUAGCGGUCUGGCUGCAGGCGUGGUGGCGGCCUCGGCCACCAAUCCCAUCUGGGUGAUUAAAACCCGCCUGCAGCUCAUGCAAAACGAGGUCAACAAGCCCGUCACGGUCCAAAGCGUGCUGCGCAUCACCAUGAAAGAACAAGGAUGGCGCGGUCUCUUCACCGGUCUCACAGCCUCCUAUGCCGGCGUGGUGGAAUCGGCUCUGCAGUUUACGCUCUAUGAGCACUUUAAGACUAGCUUCGGCGCCGACGAUGUGUCUGCGAGCUACAAGGAUGGGCGGCUAAUUCUGAGCAGCAUAUCCGCCAAGACGAUCGCUUGUGUGUUGACAUAUCCUCACGAGGUGGCUCGGACACGGCUCCGGGAGUUGCCUACGCCAGGCCAACUCGCCUACCGUGGCUUUUUCGACGCACUCGUCCGCACCUGUCGCGAGGAGGGCUGGCGUGCCUUGUAUGCCGGCAUGUCCACGCAUCUCAUGCGCUCCGUUCCCAAUGCCGUGCUGGUCUUCUAUACCUACGAGACGGUGGCGCGGCUCUAUCGAGAGCAAAUUUUAGCUGAUCGCCGUCCAGCCCCGCCCGCUCAUUGA